AUGUCGUCCGAAGACAAGAAUUCUUGCCGUGCCUGGCGCAUCAACAACCCGGGCAAUGUCGUGGCAAACCUCGAGCUCGUCACGAUCCCCUGUCCGUCGGCGGAGGCCAUUGGCAAGAAUGAAGUUCUCGUCCGCGUCACGUCAGCCAGCAUCUGGAGGGGCGAUUGGUGGCCCAUCGAGAUGGGCGGCGCUUCCAAGAUCAUGGGCGUGUCGUUUCCGCGGUCACCUGGCAUGGACUUUGGCGGUCAUGUUGUUGCAGUCGGCCGCAAAGUCGUCGGCGUGGAGCCCGGCGAUGCUGUUUUUGGCCGCAUGGACCCUUUGAAGCAGGGAUCUCUCUCCAAAUACGUUGUGGCCCCAUUCGACGGUGUCGCCGUGCUGCAGCGCGGCAUCUCCCCGCGUGAAGCUGGCGCCGCCGGCACAGCGUCCCUUGCCGCAUACCAGAGCAUCGUGCCUUACGUCCAAGAGGGCGAUAACGUCUUCAUCAAUGGAGGGUCCGGCGGCGUUGGCACCUUCGCGAUCCAGAUUGCCAAGGCGCUUGGAUGCCACGUCACCAUCACCUGCUCUACAGACAAGGUCCCCCUCUGCUCCGAGCUGGGCGCCGACAGCAUCAUCAACUACAACAAGGAGAAUGUCAUGGCCAUAUUGCGCCAGAGAGGCAAGGUCUUCGCGCACGUCGUGGACAAUGUGGUCGGAUCGCCGUCCGACCUCUUCCCCGGAUGUGACGAUAUUAUGCUCCCCGGAAAGAAGCGCUAUUACGUCUCCGUCGGGAGCGGUAUCAACGUUUCCUCCGUCCUCAACACGAACGUUGGUACAAUGUUACCGUCCUGGCUCGGGGGAUCCAAGCACAAAUGGAAGCCUCUCGUGGUGGCUAAUUCGCGCGAAGACCUUGCCCAGAUUGCAAAGUGGAUGGCUGAGAAGAAAGUGAGGACAGUCGUUGAUUCUACAUUUGCAUUUAAUGAGGUUCCAGACGCCUUCUCCAGGCAUAAGAAGGGUUCCAUGGCAGGCAAGAUCCUCAUUGAUGUGGCAGUGGACGCUACGGGGAUGGACAAGGAGGAGUGA